UUUUUAUUUAUUAUUUUUUUUUUCUUUCUUGCCUUCUUCUAUGUGAUGAAACGAUGGCCCGUCUUGAAGAUCUCCCCUAUGAGCUCCUGUUCAUGAUAGUGGACCAUCUCGACCACUACGGCUUUGUAGUUCUACAUUCCCUAUCCAAGAAAUUCUCCUUCAUCCACCCACGCAUCGGCACUCGCGCUUACUUCGACGGGAGUACCGGUGAUGAGCGCGUGCUCAAAAAGCUGCAGGAUAUAUCCACCUCUAUUGACGGAACUGGUGGUAUAUACCCCAAGGGUAAACCACCGGCGGAGUUCGUGUUUGAUCUCACGGGGCUUCCUCUCACUGGGCCUCAUUGGGAGAUAAUCCGCGACGUUGUGACGAUCAUGGAACUUAUAGCAUGCAAAAGUCCCUUACAGAAGGUUCGCAUCGUCGGUUCUUGGGAACAGGCCCGGGAGCUCUUGGAAAUGUUCAGGAAAGUGAAAGAAGAAGAACAUGGCAUCCAGAACUGCUCACUGAUAAUCGCACCUGGAAAUGAGGGUUAUAAGCGCAACGGUUCCAAGAUGACGUACCUCUGGGCUGUAUAUCGCAAUAUGCGGAUCCUGCAUAUCGCAGGCAUCACCGGCAUCAAGAAAAUAUCAUUAAAUCCUUGUGCCGGAUCCCGUUUCGAUUCUCGUUUAUUCGAUCCUCUUGCCUUUGGCUCUCAUCGUCUCCGGGAGCUGUACAUUGGAUGCGAUCACGGCAAGAAAAAUGCGUCGAAUAUGCACGAGUGUAUUACGAAAAAAGCGGAACUUGGUCGUGAGGUGGAAUUACCAUAUAUGUUACGGAAACUGGUAGUGUCCUGUGGAGCGAUUUGGUAUUCAAGGAUCCUCGAAUUAACCCGAAGGGAGUGCUUGCGAAAAUUGACUCUACUAAACGUUAACAUCCGAAAAAGAGCACCUUAUUCUGGGAGAGAGGCAAAGGAAAACAUUCCAAGCUCCCGUCCGCAGGAAGCCCUAGACGGGGACAGGAGAGGAGUGGCGAAACUAUGGGGUCUACCCCGACAAUGGAGCGUGUGGCAGAAAUUUGCAGACGAGUUCGAGCGCCCGAGUUUGCCCAGUCAUACGGCCGAUUAUCGGGGACGAAUUUUGGUUGUUGGCAUGCCUAUGGUGAACGGAAGACGGGUUACAGUGGACGACUCUGCUUUGCAGACGGUGACAGCAUUGUCCACAGCAGAGACCAAAAAGCUGAUGUGGAAUAUAAACGCGGAAAAGUACCGGGAUUGGAUCAACUGUGGAUGAUCUAAAGUGAAAAAGAAAGGGAUGCCCAAAGUCCGUCCUAGUCUAGACAUCUCUUCCUGGUGAAUAUAAUAAUACUAUUUUAUCACGGCGUUAUCCUGUGGUCAGUCAAACCCAUCGAGAGCCAAUUAUACUUGCCAGACGAUAAUAGUAGAUAGCGCCCGGAUAUGACUACCGUCGAAAACAAAGAAGAGAUAAAGAAGAUCAAUUAGCGCGGACCCAUACAUCGACCAUAAA